GUGUCAAACAAAAAGACGCGUCCAGACGAAGAAAAGAUGAAGGCUUUGUUGUUUGGUGAGUUGGGCCACUUGUCCUCUACCGUUCCCUUGUUCCUUCCCCAACCGUCAAGAAAACUCGAUUCCAAACACCCCUCUUCCUUCCUGCCCUAAAUCUAGCUCUCAUUCACCAAUAACGCCACCUCUCCAAGCUUGCUCAACAUGGUCCCCUUCUCCAAACCCCCGAUUUCCAUCCUUCUCUUCUUUUCCCUUCUUAUCUUCGUUUUUGAAGUCCGAUCGCAGCAUGUUUCCUCCGCCAUCCGCUUGCCUUCGGAAGCCACCAAUAACGACCGCGAUCUAGAUCUCUGCCCUGUGUCCCUGCCGUCUUCUUGCCCUGUGAAAUGCUUUAGGACGGACCCAGUCUGCGGCGUUGAUGGCCUUACCUACUGGUGUGGUUGCGCCGAUGCUCUGUGUUCAGGUGUCAAGGUCGCCAAGAUGGGAUUUUGUGAGGUCGGCAACGGCGGUUCUGCUCCUAUUCCUGGCCAGGCCCUCCUCCUGGUGCAUAUUUUGUGGUUGAUCAUCCUUGGAGUUUCCGUCUUGUUUGGACUCUUCUGAAUCUUUCGGCACUUACAUUCCUUUGGCUACCACGGGGUUAUCUGGCUUAUUGAUGGAUACCAAUUUCAUACAAUUCUUUUGUCUACGAACGAGUAUUAUACUUCUCAUUCUGUGCCCUAGCUAAUAUGUCUGCAAGAUUUGUUCUGUGGUAGACAAACCGUUGUGAAUUGCUCUUCUUUCGAUUGUAUUGACAAACUUCCAAUCAUCAAAGGGCUAACUAAUGCUACUAUGUUUUUUUUUUUGGGUUCUCUUAGUGCUGCUGCUCUUGGAAAGAAAAUUUAAGCCUUGAAAUUAAAACUGA